AUGAUUACCUUAUCCUAUUCAUCCAACUUCACAGUCAGCAACUCCACUUCACAAUCAGCAACUCCACUUCACAAUCAGCAACUCCACUUCACAAUCAUCAGCAACUCCACUUCACAAUCAUCAGCAACUCCACAAAACCAAUUCCACAGAGCCAACUUCACAAGACUAAUUUCCACAAAACCAACUCCACAAAACCAACUUUACAAAACCAACUCCAUAAAACCAACUCCAAAUUAA